GCACCCCCGCGCGGGAAUCACCCGAACUAAUCGAAACGUCAUCAGCUGCUUGUGCUUUCAUCGACGAUGCGACGCUCGCUUGCUUAGUAAGCUUUCGUUUUUUUCGUGAAUUUUUGGUUGUUUACGCGCCCCGCGACCCGUACAGUGCGAAAAAUCAGUUUUUCCAUAACGAAGUGCCAGUGCCAGUGAGCCCCAACCGCCCACGCAUCCAUUCCGGAAACUGUCUAAUGAGUUCUAGUAAUUUAGCCUUUAAUUGACGCCGAAAAUAUUGAAGACGCACGUGUGAACGUCCGAAACGUGGUCGUCGUCAACAACAGGGAUCGCAACAACAUGCGCUAGAAACCAAUACAACUCUACCCGUACCAGUUCGCUUGCUCGUUGUUUUUCAUAACUUCCCUGCUUCCUCCUAUAAAAUAAUUAAUUAUACCAGGAUCGCGUGUAUGUAUAACAGUGACCUAUUCGUAUGAUGAACAUUAUCAGCAGCAAUUCAAACGAAUAAUUUUUUCGCUAAAAGUGUUAAGCUAAGUGCAUACUCUCUCUCUUUCUCUCGCGAUUUUUCAUAGUGAUUUACCGCGCGUAUUAUUACUGAAUUAAAUUAACAAAGGAAGAAAAAAAAGUAACAGAAAUCGCAGAUAUGGCUAUGGUUAACCUGUUAAACGGUAAAGAUUCGCGCUGGUUGCAGCUCGAGGUGUGCAGGGAGUUCCAGAGGCAGAAAUGCUCCAGACCGGAUACCGAGUGCAAGUUUGCUCAUCCCCCAGCCAAUGUGGAGGUGCAAAAUGGAAGAGUCACCGCAUGCUACGACAGUAUUAAGGGUCGAUGUAACAGAGAAAAGCCUCCGUGCAAAUACUUUCAUCCGCCGCAACACUUGAAAGAUCAACUAUUGAUAAACGGAAGGAAUCAUUUGGCCUUGAAGAACGCCCUCAUGCAACAAAUGGGUCUCACACCGGGUCAGCCUUUAGUGCCUGGACAAGUUCAAGCGGUGGUUGAUCCGUUUGACAGUUUUCCUUUGACAUACUUUUCACCGCAGUUGGCAAUGACGCUAGACGGCCAGUAUGCACAUAUGGCGGCAAACCCCUAUCUCACAGGCAUGCCACAAGUGGGCAGUACCUACAGCCACUACUUCGCCCCUCCGAUGAUGCAGACGAUAAUGCCCGACCCCACCGGGGUUGGCAGCCCUUUGGGGGUCGUACCUCAAACAGUCGUCACCACCCAACAGAAGAUGCCCAGGUCCGACCGGUUAGAGGUGUGCCGCGAAUACCAGCGCGGCGCAUGUAAACGCGCCGAGUCGGAGUGCCGGUUCGCGCACCCCGCCGACAGCGUGACGGCGAACGACGACGGCACGGUCACCGUCUGCAUGGACGCAGUUAAGGGGCGUUGCAACCGUGACCCGUGCCGCUAUUUCCAUCCCCCUCUGCACCUCCAAGCCCAAAUCAAGGCGGCACAAUCGAGAGCCGCCUCCGCCGCCGCCGCUGUUGCUGCAAGCGCGCCGCCGGUGAAUGCUGCGUCAUCGGCCGCAGCCGCGGCCUGCGCAGCCGCAGCCGCCGCCACCGUUUCGCCCGGGUUGCUUGCGCAGCCGCCGGCGGGCGGCGCCGCGACCGCCGCGCAGCUUGCGCUUGCCCUCGAGAUCGGCAAGAAGAGGCCGCGCGACGCAAGCGCAGCCGCCGACAGCGACCUCUUACUGAUGGACAUGAAAUCCGUUGGGUCGUUUUACUAUGAUAAUUUUGCCUUCCCUGCCGGCAUGGUGCCCUACAAACGACCGGCCGCCGACAAAUCCGGAAUGCCCGUUUACCAACCGAACGCGACCACCUACCAGCAACUGAUGCAACUGCAACAGCCCUUCGUCCCGGUUUCAUGUGAGUAUCCCACCUCACCCGCGCCAACUCCCUCCUCAGCCGCCGCCUCACCCGCCAUCCCAGAGACGGUAUCCGGCGGUACGCAAACCCCCUCCUCCUCCUCCGCAUCCACGGUGCAGCUGCUCGUCAAAGAAAACGAGCAGUUGCAGUUGCCGCCUCCCUUACCCGCAUCGAUCGCUUCUUCCAUUAUAACCAGUACUGCUCCCAGUAUGACUAGCUUACCGACACAAGGUUUAACUGUAUUCCAUCACGAUCCGGCCGCGUUAGCCAAAGAGGUUGCGCAACAAAACUACGCGAAAGCGAUUAAGAUGCAACAAGCGUUGAGUCAUCAGCAAGCGAUGAGCCAACUGAAUCCGCUUAAUUACACGGGGGUGGCGUUGAACAAGCAAGCGCUAAGCAUUCCGCCCCCGACGUUUCGGUUUCCCGCCGGGGCGUUGCCUAUAAGCAUGGCGGGGGCGGCAGGGGGUUUGAAUUUCGCCGCUCAUCCCUACGCGUCCGCUUUGGCGGCACAUCAGAAUUUUUUCAACUUGGCUCGACCGCCCCCGGCCGCUACCGCCGCCACGUUUCCGUUUAAUCCGUACGCGAUGAUGCGUCCGACCGCCGGUACCUACGGCGUCGCGACGACUGCGUCGGCGGCCGCCGCGUCACCGAUUUUGGGUGGGGGGUUAUUGGCGGCGCAGUAUCCGACCGCUCAGGUGUCCGCUGCGCAGCAAAUGACGAGCGUCACGCCCACCGCAGCUGCGGCGGCGGCAGCAGCGGCCGCAGCCGCAGCAGCUGCGCAGAAUAACAAUAACAACGUGGUUAUGCAACCGUUUAAGAAGUUGAAGACGUCGUAGGAUCGGGACGUGUUGCGUUUUGAUUGUUAAAUUUUAUAAUGAACUCCUUUAAGGUGUUUUUUUUUUAAUUAAAUUAAAUUAGUUCGUUGUGUCUUAAGUGUUGUGUUUCGUUAACUGAGUGUUUUUGAGUUUUAACGUUUUUUGAUGAAGUUUAGUUUUGUAACUGAUUAAAGGGAUAAUAAUAAAGCGUGACAAAGAUUUUAAAAAUUGCCGUUCUUGCUAUACAUGGGGUGCCAACUAGGGGCGCAUCAAACAGGGCGGAACAACGAGUUUCUUUUCCUGAAGGUAAUAUUUAUCAAUAACGUGCUCUUGGACUAGGGUACAACUGGAUAUUUGUAAUAAGAAGGGAUUUAAAAAAAAAUCUGAGUUGUUGAGACGAAUUCAUAAUGAGUUACUUAUUUUGUUGUUUUGAUAAAAAUCAAUUUAGGAAACACUAUUUUACACGGCUUAAAUAUUGAAGAGAAGAAGAAAAUAGACGCAUUCACGUAUUUAGAAGAAAUAUCGACAUAAAUCUUUAACGAUACCCCUCGUUUUAUUUAAUUUAAACUAACUUCAAUAUAUCUUAUAUACAAUAAUUUACUUGAGACAUAAUAUUUUAAAUAUUAAAAUUGAAAAGAAUGAAUAACCUAUUUAUUUAAUAAAAAACCUGCCUAAUUUGAAACAGCGUUUUAUUAUCUUUUUUUAAUCUCUUGUCUGCCAUUUUUUAAUGGUUCUUAAUUCAAAAUUAAUUUUAAUAUACUUUUUUAAGAUUUUGACGGUUGUUUGACUUUAAUAAACUGUUUUGAAAAGUACAAAAUAUUUGUAUUUAAGAGUUAUUGGACUUAAGUACUUAAAUUAAUAUAACGAAAGGUAUCGUUAAAGAUUCAAGUUUAUAUUUCUUCUAAAUAAGUCAUUUCCUUAUUCUUUUCAAUAUUUGGACGUUUGAGAUUGAUGUCUAAAUUGAUUUUUACUAUUGAAGUGACGUAAUACUUAAGAAAAUAGGUACUCAGUUGCUACCAGCUGAAAUAAUGAAUCCGCCUUUCAUAGUAACCAUAAUUCUUCUUAUUAAUACAUCAUAGAGAAAUAAUUGUAACCUAAAAUAUUUAUAGUGAAGAAAUAGUCCAUACUUGCAGUGGAGUCGUAGGUUAAGGUAAAAUGAAAAUCCUUCAGUCUCCCUCUACUUAUUCAUUAAACAUUUAGUUAACUUAAACUCCGAAACUAGAGGGAAAUUUAAGUUAACCAAAUGUUCAAUAAAUAAGUGGAGGAAGACUGAAGAAGUUUCAUUUUACCUUAUAAUAAUUAUGCUCUACACUGUUUCUCUGCCUUUUUCAAUUUUUUUUCCUUAUUUCUGCCUCAUCUUUUUUAUCAUUUAUCUUCUGACUUCUUUGCACCAAAACCAUACCAUAAAAAUCGCCCAAUAAUUUGAGCUCUAAACAGAACAUUUUACGAAUAUACCACGGUUUUUGUUUAAUAAGAAUAUCCCCUUCAUUUCUUAGAUCUUGAACCUUGCAGAUCAGGAAUUAUUCGUAGGUGGGAUCUACUAUCAUAAAUAUGCCAAUAUUUCCUACAUAUUUGCCUGGACUAAUUUAAACCUUAAGCAAGAUUUUUAAAGAAUACUCUAUUGAAUAUCAUACUUUUUGUUUUAUAUAAACUGUCUAAUUAUUUUUUGAGAUUUUGGACUUUCCGGUGAAUGGUUAGUCUUGGAGACCAGAAAUUAUCAACUGAUAUGUAAGAUGAGUAAAUAUACCAAUAUUUCUUAAAUUUUUACUUCUCCUAAUUUAAACCCUAGACAAGCUUUCUUGAGAAUAUUCUAGGGAAUGUCCUGUUUUUUUUUUAAUAAGAAUAUUCUCAUUAAUUUUUUAAAUGUUGAACCUUGAAGAAAUAUUCUUAGAUCCCACAACAUAAAAAUGCCAAUAUUUCCUAUAUAUUUGUCUGGACUUAUUGAAACCUUAAGCAAGCUAUUUAGAGAAUAUUCUAUUGAAUAUCAUACUUUUUGUUUUAUAUAAAUUGUCUAAUUAUUUUUUGAGAUUUUAGACUUUCAAGUAAAUGGUCAGUCUUAGAGAUCAGAAAUUGUCCAUUUAUAUGUAAGAUGAGUAAAUAUGCCGAUAUUUAAAAUUUCUCUUGUACUAAUUUCAAGCCUAGACAAGAUUUCUUGAGUAUGUUCUAUGGAAUAUCAUGUUUUUUUUAAAAUAAGAAUUUACCCAUUAAUUUUCCAAAUUUUAUACCUUGAGAUGAGGAAUUAUUCUUUGCAUUAUUCUUGUUAUUUAUUAUAUGAGAAUAUUCAGACUUUCUUAGUGCGUGGUCACCUUGGAUGAAAAUUUCCUACAUUUUUGCCUGCGCUAGUUUAAACCUUAAGCAAAUCAUGAGAAUUAACAUAUAAUUAAAGAAAACAAAUAAAUUCAACGAACUCCAUUGAAAUCAAUUUAUUAUUAUAAAAUAUUCCUUUUUUUCAGAUCAUCCAUUUGGCUUGUUUACCUGAUUUAACUUUAAAUAUGUUUUAGUUUUUUUUCUAAUUCUUGCUUCUCCUAUAAGUCUCUAAUCCUUAAAUGCAUUUAAAGAUUUUUCCAUUUUAUUAACUGGUUUCGUAAUAUUCAAUAAUCCGAGAUUUAUUGUAUAAAAAGAAAAAAUCUAACGGAUUUAGGUCUGGAGAUCGGUCAUGGAGGUCACGGUUGUAGACUCCCCAUGACCUAUCUAAUACUAGGGAAGUACUAAAUCUUCAUGUUAUACAGUUACCCUUAUGUGUAGUGAGAGUAUUGGUUUAUCCACCGCCAUUUCCUGUUUAAUCUAUUAUAAUUUCGCGAGAGGCAAGGUAGUCAUGUAAUUUUCCCCAUUUUGAAUUUAAGAUGUUUUCCUUUUAAAAAUAAAUUAUAUCGAUUUUUAAUCUGAAUAUUAGAUUAGUUUAAUACGUAUUCAAAAUUCUUAUUUUACAAAAUAUGUUUUAUGUGCCAAUACUACAAAUGACUCCAUUUCAACGGUAUUUCGAGUCAGGAAUACCCUAAGGAUUACCUAGGGAGGAUUAUAUAUUUUUAAAAUGUGGAGAACAUCUAGUUGUCCAAUAAUAGUCCGGGAGCACGUUAUCGGCAAAUAUUACCUUCUAGAUAAUAAACUAGUUUUGGUGCAAAGUGAAAAAGCAAAAGUAUUUCGGAUCAAAAGUCCUCAUUACGACUUGCUUUUGAGUUAUGAGAGACCCUGAUGUAUAUCCGCCCUACAUGGUUGGUAGAUUAUACCUUUCCCACCCAAAAAAAAAAGUGUUUAUUUAGUUAAAAAUAAUUCAAACACGUUCUAGUCAAGAAAAAUUAAAUUUAAAAGAAAUAAAGAAAAUUGAAACAAAAAUUGUUACAAUCGUGCUGAAUACGGUCCUGUGUGCCGGUAAGCGAGUGCCUCAAAUCUGUGAUACCCUAUAUCACCCGAAACGCUAAAUUUUGCACCGCUUGAUAACUUAAUUCACACUCUUACUCCUCCUCCCCCUUGUUCCCUCACGAGUCCUCUUCAUAUGAAACUAAUCCUGACAUGGAAGAAACGCUCGCGCAGAAGCGUUUUUUCCAUUAUUAUUGGUGGAUAAGUUUUCUAUAGGCUGUAUUGUAAAUUGUAAGCGAUCCGAUGUUGAUCCAUUCCUAACUUGCAUGACUACGGACUUAUAAAUCAUAUUAUAUUUAUUUAAAUUUAAAAUUAAAAAAAAAAACGAAAGAGAAAACCCGCUGAAUGCAUGGUAGAACAUAAAAGAACGUAUAUCUGUUUUAGAGUUGCCAUUUUCAGAGUUGUUCGUAGUUUUUUUUUCUGUUAACUGACCCAAGAGAUUACCGAUGGCCGGUGGUCAUAAAGUCAUGGUAUCGCUAUUAUACGCUUUGAUUUUAUUUUAUUAUUUAAACACAUAAAGACGCGAUAAAUCAAAAUUCGCUUUACUGUUUAUAAUAAAUGACUAAUAAUCUAGAACCCCUAGAAGCUUCCAUUACAUUGCCUAUAUAGAAUAUUCUGCUUUCUACAAGACAUUUUCUGCUUUGAAUGACUUUAUGGCCGUUUUUUUUCAAAUAAAUAACGUCAAUAUAUAUAUAUAUAUACGAGAAAUUUGAAAUAAAAUGCAUGAAGCUUCAUACACCACUACUCUUCUUCGUCAUCAUGAGUGUCUUGCGCAUGGGUGAAAGAAUAUUUUAUGAUUUUUUUUUAAAGAAAACAGCUGGGAUAUGUGCCUUAAAUAGUUGCUUUAAUUAAGACAAUUGUGUGCUUUAACCAUGAAAUAUGGUGUGUGCUUAAAGACCUUCUUGAAAUCAGUUAUAUUAUGCGCAGACCAGGUACUUUUCAAGAUUAUAGAGUAUUCUUAGUGAGAAAAAGAUUUUUUUGUGGGUAGUUUAUGUGGGUUGCUAUUAAAUUGUUGGGUGAAAAAAUCAUUGAGAAAAAAUGCGAUGUCUUAUAAGCAGAGUGCCAAUUACAAUUAUUGGGUCAAAAAUUGCUAAAAAGGGUACCAUGGGGUUAAAUUGAUUCUUAAAAAGGUCAUUUGAUUUUAGGAAAUGUAUAAAUUUUUAUUAUCUCAAACACUUAAAAAUUAGGAUAAUUCCAUUGAUAUGACCCUAUUUUUUACGCAAAAUUUGAACAGUAGUUCAUCAAGUUUAUAGGAUCUGUAUUUACUUAGCAUAUGAGUUCUAUAAGGGUUUAUUAAACAUUAAUGGACAUAAUCCUACUUAUAAAAAAAAAGUUUAAGGUUAUGACAACUAAGCCUCGAAGGUUUGACACAUACCAAAAAUUUAAUACAAAUAAUUAUAAUAAUUGGUGUUUAAAUAGAAAGAAAGAGUUCGUAAUAGAUUGAAGAUAAAUUGCUGUUUUUUCCAUUAAAUUGAUAAAUAUUUCUAAAGAGUUUAAACGAAUUUAACUGCCUAUGACUGGGUUCUAUAACUCAACUGCCUGUAAUAAAUAAAACAUUUAACUGU